CCCUCACGUGACCGGCGGUCGCGCGCUGUGUGCGGGAGCCCCCGGUCUCCCCAAAUCCCCCUCCCGCCCCCCCCGCAGGAUUUGGGGACCCCCGCCCGACCCCCCCAGCCAUGGAGGAGGUGGACAAGAUCCUGAUCCACUCCCUGCGCCAGGCGGGGACGGCGGUGCCCCCCGAGGUGCAGAGCGUGCGGGACCUGACCCCCGAGCUGGUGGUGGAGGCGGCCGUGCGGUGCCUCCGCGCCGUGCGCCCCGCGCUGGGCGCCCCCCUGAGCCCCCUGCUGCCCCCCGGCAUCUCCGCCCGCUUCCGCCUCGCCUCCGACCUGGCCGCGGCCUGCCAGGAGCUGGGAUUUGGGGGUGACGUGGGCUACCAGACGUUCCUGUACAGCUCCGAGCACGACACGCGGCGCCUGCUCCUCUUCCUCGUGGAGAAGCUGCCGCGGACGAGGGCGAGCGCGGGGGCCGAGCCCCCCGGGAAAUCGGGGGCGCUGCUCCGAGCCAUCGGUGCCCGGAUCCGGGAGCAGCUGGGGACGCCCUGGGUGCCCCCCGUGUGCCGCACGCCGCGACUGCAGCGGCUGCAGGGCACAAGCCACCUCCAGCCCUUCGCUACCUGUCCCCUGGUCCUGCCCCAAAGUGGGGGAUCCCCAGAGCUGCAGGAGUAUUUUGGGGGGGCCGCCCCCCCGGUGCCAGCACAGCCCCCCCUUUCCUCGCAGACCCCCCCAGCCCUGCUGGAGACCCACACGGCCCAGCUCAGCGCCCGCCACGACUGGGAGGCCGAGUGGGGGGGCCCCGGCCUGGCCUCCCGCCUGCCCCCCCAGGUGAGACCCCCGGGCAGCCCUGGGGGUCCCCAAGGUUUUGGGGGGGGGGGCCCCUUUCUCUCACUCCCAGGAGAUUGA